AUGGAUUUCGAUACCCAAAGUCAAAGCCUCUCGCCAGGCGCGGCCACUCACAAUCCCAAUCUCAUCCUGCCAGCAACAUGCGACCCACCAUCUGAGCACAAUCCACCCAAGCGAGCAGUAUGGAUUGUCUUCGGGGCGACCGGUCAUAUGGGGCGUUCCCUCGUUCGAGCGAUACUAGCGCAUGGCGACCAAUGCACUGCAGUGGGAUGGACCGAGGAGAACACACCAGAACAGAUGGACAAAUGGCAGAACAGGAACUGCCUGGGCCUGUUGUGUGACGUAAGAGUACGCGAGACAGUAGAUCAGGUCAUCAAGAAGAGCAUCGAAUACUGGGGUCAGGUGGAUGUUAUAGCGAAUAGCACCGGCUACGGCGUCAUAGCAGCAUGCGAGGACCAGGACGACUACGACCUGCGCAAUCAAUUCACAACAAACUUCCUCGGAACACUUCACAUCUUGCAGUUGUCCCUCCCAUAUUUCCGCUCCCAGAACUCUGGUCGAUACCUCAUAUUCUCGUCCACGGCUGGAGCACUUGGCGUGCCGGGACUCGGCCCGUAUUGUGCGACCAAGUACGCUGUUGAGGGUCUGAUAGAGUCCAUGUUGUACGAGGUCGAUAUCUUCAACAUCAAAGCAACAUUGGUCGAGCCUGGUCAUGUUCGAUUGGACGAACCAGACGAUAACAUAUUACCACCCAGCUAUACUUCGGCGCCUACUCCUGGAACAGGACCUCCGAAGCCGAAGCGUUAUGGCCACUUCUUCGUGAAACCGAAUCCUAGCGAACCCUAUGCGGGGCUGACAAGUCCCGCGCAACACGCGCGACGGAUGGUACAAUGGCUGAACGACAGACAACCAGUCAGCGCUGUAAAAAGUGCAGAGUUGGUAUGGCAAUUAGGUCAUUGUAGUUAUCCUCCGCUACGAUUGAUCUUGGGUAGUUAUGCUGUGGAGAGCAUCCGUGACCGCCUGAAGAGCAUCACCGAGGAGAUUGAAGAUUGGAAACAUCUUUCGUUCCCUACGUCUAUGCCUCCAGAGGAAGAAGGUGGGAAAGAUGAUGUCAAGGAGGAGCAAGAGCCAGACGAUGAACAAAUGCAGGACUGA